GAACAGGCAUCAAAAAUUGAGUCAUCCUAAUAAUAGUCAUUUAGUUGCUUCGGCGGAAUUCAAGAUUUCAUUCCCAAUCUCCCACUUUGGAGAAUAUGCCAUGUCAAUGGAACAGGACUUGUAUGAAGGCAAAAGUUCCAGGAAGUAUUUAUUGCACGGAACACAAAUGCAAGAAAUGCCAUCAAGUUAUUGAACCUCGCUCAACUUGUUGUUCUCAACAUAAACAAUUCAACUCGAGAAAGGCUAAAUGUCGCACGGUUCAAUGCACCAGACCACCUUUAGGGAAUGGAAUCUACUGCUCUCAACACAAGUGUCAUGAUUGGAAUUGCAACAUGCAAAAAUGUCUUGAAAUUUCAUGGUGUCCAGAACAUUCUUACUGCGCCCAGCAAAAUUGUGAUUUCCCGAAAUUUGGAAACGCGUUGAUUUGUGCCGCACACAAAUGUCAAGAUCCUUCAUGUGUGAUUCUUCGAUUCGGUCUUUCGAAAUUUUGUGGGAAUCACAAGUGUCAUUCGGAUGGAUGCUUAAGAAGAAAGUGUGGGGAGAACCACAUAUAUUGCGACUUCCAUUCGUGUUAUUCCGUCUCAAUUUGCCAAAACAUGAAGGAUCUACACGACGGGAGAGUACAUUGUCAGAUUCACAACUGCUCCAAGCCGGGGUGCUUGUCACCUAAAAUCGCAAAAGAAAAGUUUUGUGAAGAUCAUGGUCGUGUGUAUUAGUAUACAAGCAUUGUGAUCUUCGUCCUCGCAGACAUGACCGAGUGUAGCGAGUAGCAACCAAGUCUAAUAGGCUGAAAGGAAAUGAACACAUUAUUUUCUCUCUCUAUUCACUCGCCUAAUCUCCAAGUAAUUCAAAAUCUGUCCCGCUCCACAGCCGUAACAAUUUCCAUCUUCCACUUCAAAUAACUUUUUCUCACAUCACACCAUCUCACCCGUCAGUUCCACCCUUCAUAAGAACCAACACUAUCAUCCGUAUGUAAAUACAGUGAAUAACUUCAAUUCAACCGCUCCUGUAAUAUAAUCCUACACCCGCACGAAAGAGACUAGCUCUUUCUAGUAACCUUAUAUAAGGGCUAC